AUGAUACUAUUGGAUAAAGACAUCCAAUGCUUAUUUUUUGAGUUUGUCUCGAGUAAAAUUAGUAUAAAUAUUAAUGAUGAAAAUACAGCAUGUGGGAAUUACACUGUGAAUUUAAUUAAUAAUACUAAAAAUGAAUCAUCUAUUUUAAAAAAAUCAGAGAAUGAGGAAAUAAUAGAUAAACUGAAGAAGAUAUUUCUAGAUAAGGAGAACAACUGUAUUAAUUAUGAUGAAUGGGAAACCCAAGUAGUAGAAGGGUUGUUAGGAAUGAAUAAGCUUUGUUCAGGAACUUUAUAUGAGAUGAUGAAUGAUGAAGUAAACGUAAAAAACUCAGUUCCAGAAGUUUAUUUGAAUCAUAGAAAUUCUGUUCAGAUAGAGUAUAAUAAAGUGGAGGAGUUGGUGUGUAAGAAACUGAAUUUGGUUCAGUUUUAUGGUGGGUUAAAUUAUUUUAAGUUACUAUCAAAAUUGUCAGAAUCAAAGGAUUACAUUUAUCCUUUUGGAUUUAAACCAGUAUUGGAGGAAAUAGUAAAUAGGCAUAAAGCAUUACAAUUUUUAGUUAAAAAUGAAAUAUUUAAAGAGCUCUAUAUUGAAACAAUAAUAUCUAGGAUAUUUUAUGAAUUGGAUACACUAGAAUUACGAAAAUUAAGGUUUAAGGAUUUUAAAAACACAAAUUUGGUGGAUGUAUUAAUAAAUAUGAAUGGAAAUGAAUCAUUUGACGACUUAAUCAAUUACUUUAAUUACCAACACUUUUAUGUUUUAUACAGUCGUUUUGUUGAGUUAGACAUUGAUGAAGAUCAAUAUUUAUCCUUGGAUGAGUUUAAAAAACAUGAUUUUGGAUCAAUAACUGAGUGCGCCUUGAAAAGAAUCUGGGAUUGUAAUAUAAAAGAGAAAAAGGAAUUGUUUCAGGAUGAAGUAAACCCAGAUCGAAAAAUGAGCUAUCAUGAUUUUAUUUAUUUUUACAUUAGUGAUGAAGAUAAGACAACAGAAAGAAGUAUUAGGUAUUGGUUUGAGAUUAUUGAUUUUGACUGUGAUGGAUGGAUAAGUUUUAAUGAAAUUGAUCAUUUCUUUAGAGAGCAGAAGAACAGAUGUAAUGAUUUAAAUUAUUUUAUUCCAGAAUUGAAUAAUAUUUCUUGCAUGAUGAAUGAUUUACUUAUGCCAGGUGUACACGGAAAAUACAGGCUGGAUGAUUUUCUAAGAAACAAAUUGGUUGCAGGUCAUUUUUUCAAUGUUCUAGUUAAUACAAAAAAGUGCCUUACUUCAAUGUUCAUGGAUGCAGAACUAAAUUCACUGCAAGCAGUUGUUCUUCCAAAGCUGGGUUGUAAAUCCCUUUCUCCUUGGGAAUUACAUUGCCAAUAUCAAUAUCAGAUCAUUCAAGAUUCAAGAAGUGAAGAAAACACUGAGGCAAAAGAGAGAGAGAAACAACAAUAA